AUGUUGCCAGCACAUCUGUUUUUGAUAAAUUUUUAUUUCCUCAUAGGUACAUCAAAUGCACAUAGUACUAUUACUGGUGGGGCGAAUGUGGAUGCAGAAUACAGUGUUUCGUACGUUAAGAUGGUAGCUGAAUCCAUUGGUAUAUCAGGGUUAUCCGAUAUUUGUGCAUCGCAAAUAGCUGCUCAGACGACAUUUGCUAUUAAACAAGUGAUUGAGCAGUCAAAAAAAUUCGCUGUGCAUGGUCGCCGUAAACGUAUCAUAGCUGAAGAUAUUGACUCAACGCUCACAAUGAAUGGCUGUCCGCCAUUAUUUGGAUUCACAGCAAAGGAAGGACUACCCUUCCGGUUUGCGGGAUCUCUUGGGCGUGAUUUAUUUAUUACGGAAGAUCGCGACGUUGAAAUAACACCUGUUAUCAAUGCUCCUGCGGCUAAAUUACCUCUUGAAAUCAGUAUUAAAUCUCACUGGUUGGUUAUUGAUGGUGUACAGCCAGCUGUUCCAGAGAAUCCUACUCCGGUACUAAAAGUUGAAACGCCGGUAGUAGUUGCUUCCGAAAAAGCUACAGUGGAUACGGGUUUUUCUAUAUUGUCAAAAGCACAUAGAGGCUUAAGACAGACAGAACAAGUCCAGAUAAAAACAAGCUCAACGCAUGCGCUCUCUGUGGAGCAACAAGUUUUUUUCAAAGAAAUUACUGAAGCCAUAAUGGGUAGUGAUGACGCGAGAAGGACGGAGGCAUUAUACAGCCUUCAAACAGAUGCAGGUUUACAGCAUUUACUUCCCAGGUUUUCAGUGGCAAUUGUUGAAGGGGUACGGUGCAACAUUGUUCAACAUAACUUGGCUAUUUUGAUUUAUUUAAUGAGGAUGAUUCAGAGCUUGGCAAAUAAUCCAGCACUUUCUUUAGAACGUUGUUUACAUGAAUUGUUGCCUUCUGUACUCUCAUGUAUCUUAAGUAGACAGUUGUGUGCCCGACCAGAGACGGAUAAUCAUUGGGCUUUACGCGAGUUUUCUAGUCGUUUAUUGGCUACUAUAUGCAAAUCGUACAAUAUUUCUCAUUUACGAUCACGUGUUACUCAAGUGCUGACUCAAGUUUGGUGUAAUGAAAAUUACACACUUGCCGCGCUAUAUGGAUCACUAUAUGCUCUUAAUGAGCUUGGUGUUGAUACUGUACAUUCUGUGGUAAUACCCCGAGCUAAAGAAUUACAUAACGAUAUUCGCAGGGUUCUGUUAGACAAACCAAAUAUUGUUGAUAAAUUAGCUGCUGAAAAACUGCAGAGUUUUGUGACAAAGGUGUUGGUGCAUUUCGUAAAAAUGCAAAAACCUGCUGGUCUCAAAGAAGUUAUGGACUAUCAGAAUAUGUUUGGAGGAUUUGGGGAAGCUGUGCAUAAAGCCAUCACAAGUGAAAUCUCGCAUACAUCUAUAGCGCCUAGUAGUGCUACAACAAGCAACAACAACAUACAUUCUACUAUGUUGCACAGGCCUGGAAGUGACAGAAGGCCGAUCACACUUGGUCAGUCACGUAUGAUAAUAGGUGCUAAGCAAUCUGGAAAUUUAUCGAGUGGUUCACUUUACGUAGUUCGUCCACAAAACUCAUCAAUGCCUAUCCGAAAUUCCAUCCAGCCGCCUUAUGUCAACAUUAUCAAUAGUGGACGUUUGCAACAAUCAGCGUCGUUCAAUCGUUCAGCGCAGCAGAAUACCUAUUUCGUCUCGAGUGGAACAAAUUCGCCGACAAAUGCAUAUGUUGGCCGACCGAGCGGAUAUAAGAAGAUGAUCGUUGCAGCAAGUCAGCGGAGUACUUCAAGUUCAACAACUGACAAUUUUAGAAACUCUUGA